AUGCGGGACCCACUAAAACUCAGAAGCAGCAAGGUGAAGACAAUCCCUGAGCUGCCAGACUCCUACACAAACAUUCGACCUGCAUACUUCACACAGAAGAAUCCAUCUCCAGCGCAAGUCUCUGGCUUGUCGUUACCAGACACAGACAUGUUGAGACACCAGCUGGAUCUGGAGAACGGAUGGCUGGAGAAAGUGUGCAGCACAGAGAAGUACAUAAAUCUGUCAGCGUUUGUCCUCGCGGAUGUUGUUGCCGAAGAAACUGCAUUUAAGAUGCUGACACAGUGGACGAUGACACCAAGGACGCUGACACAUAGGACGAUGGCACCAGAGACGAUGACACCACGGACGCUGACAGAGAGGACGAUGACACCAAGAACGAUUGUACCAAGGACGCUGACACCAAAGAAGAACGAUGACACCAAGGACGAUGACACCAAAGACGAUGACACCAAGGACGACGACACCACAAACGCAGACAGAGAGGACGAUGACACCAAGAACGAUUGUACCAAGGACGCUGACACCAAGAACGAUGACAGCAAAGACGAUGACAGCACGCACGAUGACACCAAGACGUUGCCACCAAGGGCGGUGACACCAAGGAUGAUGACACCAAGGAAAGCUGACAGCAAGGAUGUUGCCGCUGACAGCUUGCCGGUUGACGGCGGGUUACUUAAUUCAAGGACGCCAACAAUGUUAACACUAUAUUAA